UACGCCAUUGUUCAGUGUCAUGAGAAAAGCCAAAGAAGAAAGUCUAGAACUAGAAGUAAUUUGGGUUUUCCUUCAAAAUGGGGGGUUCUAAUGACAGUGGAUCACAAAAAGAAGAAGGAGAAUUAUCUGAUGAUGACAACGAACCUGAAAAUAAUCUUCAUGACGACCACCAAAACUUGAACAAAAGAAAUUUGAUUGGGAAUACGUUAGUGGAAACCAAUGUCGGUGCUCGUCACACCAGGAUUAACACUGUGUGGCAGAACUUAUCGUACAGACCGCGGCCACCACUAAAUUUUAUUUCAGAUUAUCAGACGAAAGCUCCUUCAACAUGGGAUUACAAUCAUGGAAUAGGACCAUUGAGAUACGACAGAAUUCGACCCAUGGCGACCCCACCUCCACCCCAGAAGUGGGAUCAGAGAGGUCACAUUCCACGACUUCCAAACAACAGGCCACUCCUUCCUUCUCCUAUGCCUCUAAUGCGACGUCAUAUAAAUCAAACUGAAUAUAAAAGUCAACCAAUUCAACAAAAUAAUAGAUACUCAAAUGAUAGGAAAAAACAGCACCCAAACAAGGGAGUGCAGAAAGGAUCCGUGCUUGAUGAGGAAGAUAUGGAGGGAGACCCAGAUAAUUUUGAGGGGCUUCUAAAGAAGUACAUGGACAUCAAAGAGAAGAUAGCAGAACUCCAAACACAGGAGAAAACUGCAAAAGAACAUAUUGAGAAAACUGCAGAAGAGCCUAUCAAAGAAACUUCAACACAAGAGAAAGCAGAAAAAACAAAAUCAACUGCCCCCAAACCCUCGAACAAGAAAUUCACUCCCAGAAAACCACAGAAGAAAGUUGUUGUUGACAUCACUGGAGAUGUUGCUAAAGAAAAGGAAAAGACAGAGCCACCAGUGACAAUUAAACAAGAAGCAGAAGACAAGGUAAUCAAACCAGAGGAUCAGAAGGAUGCCACAGGUGGUGGUGGUGAUGUGGUGAAAGAGGAGCCACAGGAUACCACAGAGGACAGCACUGGCAUCAAAGCAGAACCACAAGAACAGGAGGAGGUGGUGGUGCUUAGUGAUGAGGAGUCUGGCAUUGAAAGUGAACAACAGGAAGUAUCUAAAGAAGAAGAUGAAGAAGAAGAAGUGAAUCUAUUGGAGCUUCGUCUCGCUGCACUUGCAUCUGCCAUGAAGAAGGAGGAAUCUCCAGAGGGCCAGAAGAAGCCGCCAUCUAAAGAGGACACAACAGAUAAAAACGUCCCCCCAAACAGAACAUCCAGGAGUAAUGACAGAAGUACCAGACGGCCAAGUGGUGGCACAAUCAGGCAGACAAGGCAGUCAAGAGAUAGUAGACCAGGUGAAAGUCGCAGAAGUGACAGGAACGUGGGAAACAGAAGUUCAAGGUCAGCCUCAUCUGGGAAAUCUCCAGGCUCUCGUAAACCUUCUACAAGUUCUGGGAUCAGACGUCAGACUUCAAGGAGAAACGACAAUGACCAUAGAAGAGACAGCAGUACAGACACACGUAGACAGGAUCAGAGGAAACAAAGCAUGGCAGAAAAACGGAGACAGGAAAGUAAGAGAAGAGCUGAGGAGGAAAAACGAAGGGCAGAAGAGGACAAGAGGAGGGAGGAAGACAAGAGGAGGGCAGAGGAAGACAAACGCAGAGAAAUUCAACGGAUCCUUACUAUUGAUGACCCCAAGGAACAGGUCAACAGAUUCCUACGCAUGUUGGAUGAUAAACGAUAUCCAGAGUUUAGUAAGUCCUCAAGUGCAGAUAGUAAGAAGAAGCCCUCCAAUGGCAAUAAGCAGGUGCCCUCUAUUGGUAAACAGGUGCCCCAGGAGAAGUCGGUCUCACUGAUAGAUAAUUAUGAUGAAGUGGAGAUGGAUCUGGACAGUGAUGACGGGUCACCAGCUAUCUCCAUGGAACAGACAGCUGGAUAUGAGGAUCUAAUGGACAAAGAUUAUCGCCAAGGUUUUGUCUAUCCUGUGCCUUUAAUGAAUGUAGAUACUUCUGGUGCCAGUCUUCAAAUACCCCAUUGGAAUGACCCAUACUUUCCCGGUUACAGUGAUGUCAUGUCAGAAGAGAUUACAGAGUCUCAGAGAGUGCCUUGGGAAGAUCCAAUGUUUAAUCAGAAUUUUAGUGACACUUCCUAUAGUGGUGUGUUAAAACCUUGGACAGAACUUUAUCCAUCAGAAAACAUUGAUCCCCUCAAGAUUCCACCCCCUCCUCCUCCACCACCCCUACCCCCAGAUGAACCCCAGCCCCCACCCCCUCCAGAUCUUACCUCUCCACCACCUUUACCUUUAGAACCUCCUCCAGAUGAGGAAAUUACCCAGAGUUCUACACAGAUUGAAGAGAAAGGAUCUACAGAUAUUUAUGCUGCUCUUAGAUCCUCCCCUAAUCUUUCAGAGGAUCUUGAUAAGGAGGAAGCACAGCUGAGAGCCCAGUUGCUGAAGUCUAUGGCAGCCAGGAAAAUGAAAGAAAAGAUGGAGAAAUUGAAAAACGAGGUAAAAUCUGCAGAUAUUUCCCCAACUAGAAGCCAGUCUCCAGCAUCUACAGCCUUAAUUCUGAAACCAAAACCAGCCAGAAAUAGGCAGCCCAUGACACAGUUAGUGAUUCCAGUUCAUGACCCAGUAGUAAUUAAUUUAAACGAUGAUUCCUCAGAUGAGGAGGAAUUCCAAUCAUCGACGUUACAGACAUCAAUGCGAGUCCCAACCAUUCCUAAUUCACCAGUCAAUCAAAUGUCCUACAAUGCAAGCCUGAACUCUAGUAAAACCUCAGUAGGUAGCGGUGCUAAGACAAUCCAACCUCGACCUGUCACCUCCAGUCUUCUGUCGGGUUUAGAUUCUUUUUUAAAAGAGGCGAGGAAAUCAUCUGAGAAUAUGGAAAAGAAAGAGAAAGAAGACAAUGAGAGGAAGAAAAAGCUCAAAGAAAUGGAAGAAGAACUCCAGAAUCAAAGAACUGGUGUUGAAAAGGGAAGGGCAUUAUUUCGAUCCCUGUUAAUGCGCUGCGCCAAGAAUAAAAAAGAUUGGACAGACGCUCAGGCCAGUGUAGAGGAUCUGAAACAACAGUUACAGGAGGCUGAGGGUCUGGUGGCCCAGAAAAAGGAACAGUUUGACAAAGCCCGAAAACAGGCCCGAGGACUAAGAGACAAAGUGAACCAGAAAGCAGAGGAUUUGGAGAAAUUGGAGGCAGAGGUCAAGGAGGAGGGGAUACGGGUGUACGGGGAAGACUACACUGUCCCUAGCUCCUCCAGGGAGGUUACUGUGGCCAGCAAGUCCAGGGGGAAGAACUUAGCCGUGACAGUAAUUAACGAGCAUGCAAUGAAGAAAGCAGCUACAGGAAAAGAAAACCUUCAACAGACCAAGAAGAAGAGUGCGGCUGACAUUGCUGAGGAGAAGGAACGUUUACAGGGUCUGGAGAAAGAGUACGCUCGACGGAUCCAACAUCUCAAAAUGGCUAAUGCCAAACGGAAGAUCCAGGCUAGGAAAGCUCGGAUCAGCAGUGGCAGGAAAAGCUCGGAAGAGAUUCCACGGCUGGAGAAGAUUGAAAUUGAUCUUACAGAACAGGAAGAGGAAGUGGAUGUGGAAAAGCCGGUAAAACGACGUCGGUCAUUGAUGGAAAUCAAUCCCAGCACCAAACCAAACAUUGAGAAGAAGCCAGAAAAUGUUAAUGUACCGGUGAAAACUUUUGUUAGCGCCAAGGACAAUCCCAAAAAGUCCACUGAUUUUAAUGUGCCAAAUUCACAACAGCUAAAAAAGCUUAAACAGUUAUUGGAUGAAAAUGUAUCCACAUAUCUGUCAAAACAGGAGGUUUUACCUUUGACUUGCAACUACUGCCAAAAUGUGAUACAAAAGUCCCAAGAGAUCCCUGCAAUCGUAGAACAUAGGAAAGUUCAGAGAAGGAAAGAUGAUGGUAGUACAGAGAUAAUUCCUUAUCCUUAUAGCAGUCCACUGCAACAAUUCAAAACAUACAGGUUUAGUCCAUACUUUAGAACAAAGAAUAAGCUCUCUUUAUCCUCUGUGACGUAUUCCAAUAAACUGAACAUCAACAGAGUUCUCUGUAAAUACGACCUACAAGGCACCUGCAAUGAUGACGAUUGUGAUGGACAACACCAGAGGGACUACCAGCUGUCAGAACAGGAGGUUCUCCAGGACAUUGUGUCAUACAACCCCGCCAUCUGUGGAGUGGCUGCUGACACACCUCCUCAGUACAGUGGCAGGCUUAUCAAUACAUAUGUCAAUAAUCUCAGCAAGCAGCACAGUGGACGAUUGACCACAGACCAGUUAAAGAUCUUCCUUGUCAGUCAAGUGCUUGAAAAAUCAGGACAAAAGAAACCACACACUUUGUUCCUGGAUUCCAGAAAAUGGAGAGUGACCCAGACAGAAAAGAAAAAGAGGGCAGCAAAGACAACAAAGGAAGUCUCUCCUGAUAAAAUAGAAUGGGAACGUCCUGCUGAAGAUUUAGAUAAUGUUAUUGGAGACAUAGACGUCCGGUACUUCCUGUCGGAUUCCUCAAAGAUAGAAGACAUGGAGUCAGCAGUCAUGGAAAAUCCGGACGAUACGUCCAAAUGGAUCAAACUAGCUCAUACAAAACUCUCAGAUACUCAGAGUCAUACUCCAUCUGAGUGUUUGGACCAUGCCUUGAAUGUCCUGUCUAGAGGUCUAGAGAACAACAAAACUAGUGUGGAAUUGUGGGAAAAUUACCUCACAUUGUUUGCUAGUCACCCUGACAACCGAGAACUUGGGGACAUGUGUCAGACAGCUUUACAAUUAACACAGAGCUACUCCAUCUUAUGGAAGUAUCUUGGUACCAUAAAACCCCUUCACAAAAAAGCAGAAACCUGUGAUACAAUUUUGAACUUCCUGAAAUCCCAAGAUGCAGUAGACCAGGAACUUCAAUCUCAUCAGUGCUUAGAAACAGUAUUAUACAAAGUAUCCCUCUACUGCUGGAGUGGAAAACACAAAACUGCCUCCAACUUUCUUCAGUAUCUUCUUGUUGCUGAGGGCCCUAACAAGUAUGACUGGAUAAAGUCGGCUAUGUCAAUAGAGGACCUGUGUGUGUUAUGGCUGUCCUACCUCCACGUACUAGGGUACAAAUCUGUCCCUAGGCAGCUGUAUGAUCCCACCAACCUGUCAUCAGGCAAAAUUGUCUGCAAGGAGAAGUUGACUUUAAAUUGGGAGUUGACCCCUGACCUUCUGUUCCCAGUGGACCACUUUAAGGAGAUGAUGUGGAAGGCCUGUGAUUUUAUUCGGGGCCUGGAGGAUAAUGAUCUAUCCCAGGGUUCCGUUCUCUUCACCAACCUUUUUCACCUCCUCAAAGUCAGCACCAUGUAUGAGGAGGCAGCAAUUCUGGGUCGCCAGCUUCUGAUGAAGAACCCUGGACUGCUGGAUGUCUGGAUUUGUGUGGCAGACUUAUACAGUCACUGUGGGGAGGCACAGGCUACCAGACAGGUGUUUGCUGACAGUUUGGAUGCUAAUCUAUUCAGUGCUCAUCUCUACUAUCAUGCAGCGAACUUUGAACUUGAGCAGGGGGAGACAAACAAAGCCCUCGAGUCUCUUGAGAAGAGUAUCCUGACCUUCUAUGAUGUGGAUGUGAACUCAGAGUUAGCAGACCCUAACCUUCUCUUCUGUUCUCUUUUGAAUGAAGAUGUCCCUAUGAACUAUUCUCCCCCCAACUUCACAGAAGCUGUGACCCAAGAACAGAUUCUAGAGGAAAAUCUGUACAUCUGGCUCAACUACUGCUUGUUGUUGGAGUUACAAGGGGACACAACUGCUGCUAUAGAGGCCUAUGAGACAAUGCUUGGAUCCAUGGUAACGGCUCCAGACCUUACAGCGGCUUGGUGCAGGUACCUAGCCCUUUGUCAGCGACUCAUCAUUGACAAGGAAGCAGUUUCCAUGGGAACAAAGACUUACAUGAAUUUGUUCAAUCGAGCUCUAUCCUCUAUUCCCACUGUCUUUGACACCCCCCAUUCUGUUGGAUCCACCUGGCUGAACUACCGUCACGUUAACAGAGUAAUUGACCUGUUCAUCAGCAGUGUUCCAAAGGAUGACCGCUUGACCGAGUAUCAGCUUAUUCUGGAGAAAAUGCCCCUAAAUGUGGAGUUACUGCUACGGGUGUGUCAAGAGGCCAUCCAGAGUGAGAAUUUCUACCAAGCUAAGACCCUCUGCACCACAGCGGUCAUUGAGAAAGUCAGCAACCCGGCCCUAUGGAAGAUGGCGAUAUCUUUGAGCUUGAAACUAGAAAACGUAGCAGAGACCCGAAGACUCUACCAUAAAGCUGUACUGUUCCAUCCAUACCAUGUGACCUUUUGGAAAGAUUUUUUGCUGUUUGAGAUCACACAUGGGUCCUGUGCCAUGGUACCUAGAAUUCAGAAGCGUUGCCAAGAGCUUGGGUUGGUCUUAAUAAUGUGGCGGAUUAGCGUUAUUGUGAUUACGUUGUCCGUGUGUCUGAUAGUAUGUGAGGCGGAUCUUACUAUUUGUGAACGCAAUCCAAUACAUACGACAGCUGAAAAGUCCAAGGGGGAUAAUGGAUUUCAAAUUUCUUUUUUGGAACUGGAAUCCCAAAAAGAUGCUAAAUUCAAACCUGGACAAAACUACACAGUUCAUCUAAAAAAUCGUUACGAAGAAGAGGACAACGGGUUUUUAGGAUUUAUGAUAGUAGCCAAACCAGAAAAAGCGAAGGACGAGACAACAACAGUCGGAAAAUUCUAUCUUCCAAGGACAGCGAAAGCACAGGAAAAUCCGGAGUGUAAUCACACAGUUAUCACCCAUUAUGUUCUCAUGGAGAAAAAAGAGGUCUCUUUUACGUGGCAGGCACCAGAGCCAGGCACUGGUUGUGUAGAAUUCAGAGGUACUGUGAUAUCAGAACAUCCAGAUAUCUGGUUCAAAGAUGAUGGUGGCUUGACAUACAAAGUGUGCGAGGAUGUCCCAAUACAGGCCCCACUGGGGGAUGCCACAGCUCAGGGAGGGCCUCAGGUGGAGCCAGCCAGUCAGUGCUGUGCUUGUGGGGAGGCACGGUAUAAGAUGCACUUCCAGGGUCUCUGGUCUCGACAGACCCACCCCAAGGGAUUCCCUAUUGAUGAAUUGCAAAAAGUUCAACUCCACUGGUCAAGCAUUGUUGGGGCCUCUCACACAAAUGACUACACAGUGUGGGAAUAUGGGAAAUACGCCUCGAGGGGAGUCAAGGAGGUCUGCGAAUAUGGCUUCUCCAACAAUCUGGAGACCGAAUUCAAGAAAAAUAGCAAGAACAUUAAGACAGUACUGAAAACCCCUCCUUUGUGGGGAGAGGAUAACCUCAUAGGGACGAUGACCGCUAAGUUCCAGGUGGACACCAGCAAGCACCUGUUCUCUCUACUGACCAUGAUAGGACCUAGUCCUGACUGGUGUGUAGGUGUGAGCAAGGUUGAUCUCUGCAUGCAGAAUUGCACCUGGGCAGACUCAAUGACGAUUGACCUUUACCCGUGGGACGCAGGGACAGACAGUGGAAUCAGUUAUUUUGACAGCAACAUAGAAACGGAUCCUCAAGAAAAAAUCCAGCGUAUUACAAACAGAAAACCAAACCAUGCUGGUUCACCUUUCUUCUCCAACCACCCAAUCAAACCCAUGGCUCGCCUGGUACUGACGAAAACCAAGGACAUCUGUACGAAGGAUGGGGGAAAGAAAGACUCCGAUGAAAAAACAAUGAGUACAGUAGAGCUGAUAAAACUGAUGAAAAAGAAGAUGAUGAUGAAGAAGAAGAUAGCUGAUAAAUAUCUACAGAGCAAAAAGGAGAAAUGCGCAACAACACAAUGGACGGAAUGGUCCGUCUGCAGUAACUCGUGUGGAAAUGGAAAGCAAGAAAGGAGACGAUUGCUGAAAAAUCCUCAGAUUCAGCCAGAAGUUUGUGGCAUUGACCUUGAGGAGUCAAGGUCAUGUCAAGGAGAGUGUUUAGACCUAGGUUCAGGGAGCAAAGUCAAGCAGUUACCUGAUGAUUUUAUAGUUAAAAUUGACACCACUGAGCGAGAUCCGAGUGACAUUUGUGCCAUCACUGACUGGAGCGAUUGGUCUCCCUGCAGUCAGACUUGUGGGAUGGGGAUUCGCGAGAGGUGGAGGAAUUUCUUAAAGAAGAGUAAUACUACCAGCAAGUGUGAUAUACAUCUGAUGGAGAAAGAUUUGUGUAGGGCCCAGGUGGACUGUCGCUUGGCCCACCAAAAUAAAGACUACACAGCUAUCUGUCAAAUGAAGCCCAGCAUUGGGCCCUGUAGGGGAAAUUUCCCUCGCUGGUAUUAUAACACCACUCACAAAACUUGCAUGGUUUUCUCCUAUGGUGGUUGCCGUGGUAACGAUAACAAAUUUGAGAUUGAGGCUGAUUGCAACAAGUAUUGUACAGAGCACAUGGCUAUGAUCAACUCCAGGAAUGAAGUCUUAACUCCUAUGGAAGGAGACAUCAAAGUCACCACAAUUAAAAGAAUGAAUGUCAACAAGAGCAAGAAACCCAAGAAAGGAAAAGGAAAGAAGAACAAAAAAAGGAAAAACAGAAAGGGGAAAAAUAAAAAAAGGAAGAGGGGGAGAAAAAAGGGAAAAGGAAAGUCAUUAAAACCACGCCCUCCCGUUCAGCCCCAUGACCCUAGUUUGGGGCCCGCUAUAGACUGUAUGGUGUCUGCAUGGUCAGACUGGGGCCAGUGUAGUGUAACGUGUGGGAGGGGCACAAUGACAAAAACAAGGACAAUUAAAGUACCAGCUGAAAACGGAGGACGAAGAUGUCCCAGGAGGCUGGUCAAAACCAGGAAGUGUAGAUUAUCAAAAUGUCCUAUUGAUUGUCAAAUGGGAGAUUGGGGUCCAUGGACACCAUGUUCACAGACCUGUGGUGAUAAUGCGGUCCAGAAAAGGCGGCGAGCAAUCAUCAAACGGCCAAAGAGGGGAGGUCAGAUUUGUCCUGCGCGGAGGGCCAAGAGGAUGUGUGUGCUGCCAAAAUGUCCAGAUACUGAUAUGGAGAGGAUGAUGCAGGAUGCAUAUUUUAAAUUACCAGGAUUCAUGCCCUGACAGAAGUGAUCCUUUAAACUUGCAGCAUAAUCUGCCAAUAACAUUCACUUAAACAUAUCACCUGACAUUCAUCCACUUGAAUGUAACAAAAUAUGUGAUUGGUGCACUUUAUUAACACCUCAUCACAUGACCACACUCAAUCCAGAGAAAUGGAUUCUGUGACCUACUGAUAAAUGCAUCUGUAUGUAAAUCCAUUUGAUGAAUGUGACCCCUGAUAUACCUCAUUCUAAACACUAGGAUUGACUGUUAAAUGUCCAUGCUACAUCCAGACAGCAUGUUGAUGAAACAAAGUGUCCUUAAUAUCCCUAACUGAAAAACAGUGGAAGUGCACAUCUAGAUAAAACUCUGUGUUUACUGCCCCUGAUUUUCCAAAUGGAACAAGACUGCCUCGUACCUGAAGACCGGGGUUUCGUUACUGUGCAUAGAAAUUAGUAAUGUGAUGCAAGUCUAGGUUGUACAAAUAUUGACCUGUCCAGUUUUGUUCCAAGUACACAUGUGAUUUAUGUUGAUAUUAUUGUGUUUUUACAUGUCCUUAAUGCUGUACUGCAGGAAUGAUUGAUCUAUAUGUACCUGCAUUUAACAAAAUUUAGUAUUCUAAAACGAGUUAAUUUAUAUUUAAAAAAUUAUUCUCUUAGUAAAUUGCUCUUUUUAUGAGUCAGACAUGUUUUAAAUAUGAAAAAGUGCGGAAGAAAUAUUCCUUACAAUUUUAAUUUGUAGCAAGUUCUGAAUAUUAAAUUCACAACAUUUUGUAGGUAAUUAGUAUUUAUUGUCACUUUUCCAUUGCAUAAUAUCAGGGUAUAUAAUUUGCUGUUGAGAGUGUUUUUUUUUUUUUAAAUAUUGUUGUAUUUUAGCUGUUAGUAUUGUAGACAAGUACAAUUUGUAUGAUGUUAUUUGUACAGUGAGGAGAUUGGUUUCUGUGGUGCAGUUAGUCAUCACCAUUUUUGUGAUUAUUCAUAUAUUCAUAAAAGUUCUGAAUAAUCAUAAAAGUUCUGAAUAAUCAUAACAUGUUUUAUAAAUAUUUAUGAAAUGUAACAAACCAAUGUACAUAUAAGGAGGUAUAACACACUUGGCCAAAAUAUAAUGGUUGGAAAAUUUUAUAUUGAUAUUACAAAUAUUUAAUGUCAAAAACCUAAUAUAGUGAAAAAUACGACAUUCAGUGCAAAACUGCUGAAGAAAAAACCCGUAAAGAUCCCUCCUGAUUUCUGAUUUACCAGGAGAGAACUUUAUAUUUCUGAUUUACUCUGAUUGCAGUUACAGUGAAUGGGACAUUUAAUGCAAAAUUGAAUCUUUUCGUGACAUAAUUUCGUUAAAAAAAUGUGCUAUUCCUCCUUGACACUUUCUUUUUUCGGAUGUAAAUAUGGUGAUGUCGACAAUAUUUGCUAGCAUCAUGGCAGCAGUAUCUUCUGUGUUUUAUACAGUAUAUGUUUUAGUACUAUCAUAUUAUAAUUGUCCUCCAUUUUAGCUUUACAGAGGUUAGAGGCCAAAAAAUAAAGGGACAUUACUAUGUACAUGUAAUUUAAAACUUGUGGAAUAUCAUACAAUAUGCAGUAAAUCUAAAUAAUAAAAAUUAUGCAACUGAAAUUGUGGCAGGGACACAGAAUAUUUCUCAACUCAGGUUACUUUGUCUGUUUAAAAUAUGAACUUUAGAGGAACUGUCUUGGAUUGUUAAGUAGAAUUAAUUUAAGUUGUUAAUUAUUGAGAAUGCCUUUGCAUCAUUUUUUUUUUCAUGUGUUCAUAUGUCAUUCUCAUAUACAUGUAUUAAUUUUGUCAUUUGUCACAAAUCUGUCAUGUUCAUCAAUAUUUCUUCCUUAAUUUUUCAAACCAUUUUAUACAAAAUUAAGAAAUAACUUUGAUAACACUGCAAAUCUUAUCUUGAAUCUCACAUUUUAGUAUACCUUUACUAAAAAAUAUAAUUUUAUUGAAAUCUUAAGCAUUUAUCUUAGGUGUGAUGGAGAAGCCUUAAGUUCCUUGGUUAGAAAUUCUGAUGACUUGUAAUAAGUGUGCAUUGUGUAUUAUUUAUGCCUUUACUGUUGAUGGUCUUUUGGGACCUUGUAUCCAAUUUCUAUACUCUUUUCAAACAACAAAGUACUCUUGUACUCAUGAGGUUUUAAAUAAAAAUUAAAUGUA